AUUGGACUUAUACUAAAUGAAUCCACAUCAAAUGGGCAAACAGUCCAAGCAGAUAUCAACGCUCUGUAUACGAGCAGCCUGGUAGACAUCAAAGCAUUUAAAUUAUUCGUAUAAUUCAGUGUGACAUCAAUUCUAGUUGUUGAGCUGCUUGCCUUUUUAUAACAUUUCGGAUUCAAGAUCCCAAAGUUCUGGUGGUCCUAACAGUGCUUUGCUUUAGAAAACUCUCUUCGACCAAACGGUGCAGGGCACAACAAUGUGGCUUGCUCGAAUCCUCCUCGCUCUGGCACUUCUUUGCGCACCAGUUUCCAGUCUCUGCAUACCGACGUACGACACCGAGUCCAACUUUCUCUGCAACAGCGAGAUCCUCUCCGGUACCACUGACAACGGGCAACCCACACAUUCCCUGCUGGACACUUUAAACCUCCUGUAUAGGUCCGCGCACGUGCUUUCCUCCGAGGAACCGCGGGAGAGGAGGACGGUACCAGCGUCCAAAUACAGAUUCCUGAGCCAAACGCAGCUGAGGAGUAAACUGUACCGCAACAGCGCGAAGAGCGACAGACGCAGUCAGGUCACUCUCUCCCUCGAUGUUCCUACCAAUAUCAUGAACAUCCUCUUUAAUAUAGCCAAAGCCAAGAACCUGCGCGCGAAGGCGGACGACAACGCGCGCCUAUUGGCGCAGAUCGGGAAGAGAAAAUGAACUGUUGUUAGUGUCAACUUGACUAUGUUUUUGUAACCAACGGAGGCAUGUUAUCUCUCAUUUAAUAUCAUUAUAAUAAAUGUAUUUGAGUGGCAUAACAAGUUUAGCAAUAUUGAAAAUCAAUGGGAGUGGUUAGAAGCAGAUAUAAAAAAUAAGUGUCAACAUGGAUUUUGAAACGCACAGUUAUUUGAUAUCAGUAUUGUACAAUUGGUUAAAAAAUAUAAAUUAUAAAACCUUCAUUUUCAAAGAGAGCCAGUUUUGAGCAUUUAAGAAGUAAAUUGUUUUAAACUGAUUUAGUAGGGUAUUGCGUCAAUUGAUGUUUAGAUUUUUGAAGGCAAAACAAUGCUGAGAAUUCAAAAUGAUUGGAUUAUCUUAUUGAGGAUCACGCGGGGAUUUAUUACACCCUGCAGUUGGCCUAUAUGAUCAUCUAAUUUAAAACAGACAAAAUAAGUCUACUUCUUAUUAGAAAACUACAGCUCUUUAUCAACUAAGGUAUACGGAAGGGGUGAGAUAUGCCCAAAUUCUGAAUACUUUAGGUUGAUCGACAGUUGAAUAUUUUUGUACUGAAAAUAAUUAUUUUUUCGUUUAAUAAAUAAACGCAAAUGAAAACAAAAUGUUUAUUUGAA